AGAAUUUUCGUUAUAAAAAGUGAAACGAAAUUGAAUUCGAAAACAUUAUCGCCUUAGCCGUGGUUGUGUGUUAAGUCUCCCUUGAUCAAGUUUUAAAGAUUUGAAUUUUCACUACGAAAAUGUUCGUUGUACUCUGUGCAAUAUUCGCUUUGGCGCUGACUGGUACCGAAGCCCAAGACUAUGCAACAGGCGUGCAAAUUUCAUCUUUUGCAACCGCCGAAGAACCAACAUGUACCAAAACUGGUCCCGAAUGUGCAGCCGAUUGCUCAACAUUAAUGAUCUGUAUGGCCGGUGAUCCUACACCAUUAGACACAGUCCUUUGCUCUUCUCCAAAUCAGUAUUGCGUGAACGGUGCCUGUACAACGAAACCAACCAGCCAAUGCACUAGCGCACCAUCAUUUACCUGCACUGACGAUGGGGUAUUUCCAGAACCCUCGGACUGUACCAGAUAUCGAACCUGUGAAGCAGGAGAAUCUUCACUACUGCAGUGUCCAACUGGAUUUGUAUUCAAUUCUCAACUCAACGUUUGCCAAAGGGGAACAUUACCUUGCUCCAAAAUCGACUGCUCAAAGGCAUCCACCUCCAAGCCGUACAUUGUCUACGCUAGCAAUACCAGAUUUUAUGCUUACUGUAUAUUCAAUGCGGGAAACAUCCGAACAAUUAUGUUCCGAUGUGGAGAAAGUGAGAUCUUCGACACCUCCAUCAAUGCAUGCCGACUCAAUUGCAAAGCCAAAGGAUACUACCAGAACCCAUCCAGUUGCAAUGAAUAUUUCUAUUGUAGUGCUGCUUCAGCUAAACCAUCCGAGGUGAUGGCCUGUCCACCAAAUUAUGUGUUCGAUGGCACUGGUUGCAACAGCGAUGCCAGCAAAUGUAAAUUCCCUCCUCCAGCUGUUGUUUAGAAAAAAACUUCGUUUGCAUUUUCAUGUUUCGGCAGAAUAAACAAUUUAUAAGCGCAAUUUUGAGGCAA